AUGGUUAUCGCGAGAUAUGAACCAGGAAUGAACUUUUUCGAAGCAAUUUAUUUUAAUUUUGUGUCACUUACAACCAUCGGUUUAGGUGAUUUGGUACCCAAAAACGAACCUUAUUUGGUAGUAACACUCGUAUAUUCAGCGAUUGGUUUGGCUUUAACAACGAAUGCUGUUGAAAUUGCUGCCGAAUAUUUGAGAAUGUUACACUAUUUCGGACGAAAUUUUGACCAUGUUGGCAAUGUCAAAAUUUGGUUUGCGAACUUUAAAACUGAGUACUUCUCAAUGCUGAUUGGGCAGCAGAAGGGAAGACUUAUUCUACACUUAAGCAAGACGGAACUCAGAUUAACAAUGAAACAACUGGUCCGCAACUUUGGAGACCACUUCAACAUACCUCUGGAUGAGAUUGCAAACUUAAACCUCCACGAAUUCGUUGAAGCCGCGAUCAAGGUUGAAGCUGGUGAAAUAUCUACCUUACGAUGUCUACAUCCAAUCAACGUCGGUAUUGAAUCCAUGAUAUUCGUAGAUGAUGAUGAACUAUGUAUUUAA